CAGGAAGGUUCCUAAGCUAAAUGGACUAUUCGACUUCAGCCCUGUUUCCCCUCGGGACGUCUCUCGUUACACAAUUCAACAAUUUUCCUCCAGCUUUCACUGUUUUCACGAGAUAUCUUUUACACUUUUCUUUCCUCUUCAGCUGCUAUGGAGGCCUGGGACGCUCGGGAUUAAUCGCCGCCUGCCUGCUGCUGCAGCUCUCUGUAACGAUGACUCCUAACAAAGCCAUAGAGAUCCUGAGGGAGCACCGAGGAGGAGGAGCUAUUCAGACGGUGAAGCAAUACAACUUCCUGCAUGAGUUUCGGGAAAGGUUCGCAGAGUACCAGCAGAGCAGAGAGGUUUCCACGGAGCGCCGCGCGUCGCGGUGAAAAUUAAAUAUUUAUUUCUGCAAACUCUCUCGUGUGUGAGAGAUAUAAAGGUGUUCUUUGAUGAUUGCACUUCAACAGAAUAUGUUGCUUUCAUUUUGAUCUCAUAGAAAGACUAACUGCUGGGUGUUCAUAGUGCGUUUGCAACUGUUCUUGUUAAACUGGAGGAGGGUUUUCUGUCUUUAUAGAAACGUGUAUCCAAUCAGCUGCAUCUUCUGAAUUAUUCUCUAUAUCUGUAACUUUGCAAGCUGGUACUUUACUGCUGCAUGUUAUUGGCAAGGUGCUAUAUGCAUUGUUUUAAUUGUAUAUCUACUGGCUUCCAGAGGAGAAUCCUUAAAAUGUUUAAAAAAGGCUUUGAACUCAAUUAUCAUAAGAUUAGAUGUGUAUUGGUAAUAAAUAUCUUUGAAAAAUG